AUGCGCCCUCUUUACAAUUGCAUAUCGCUGCCUGUUCACAGCACGACAACGCCAUUUCCCAAUAAAAACAGUGCAACUUUCCCGCGACCGUCAAGACACACACCGUUAGAUGCCUCAUCCAAUGACGCCUUCACGUCUAUUAACGCCGUUAAUAGAAACACCUUUCACUGUCCGAGGAGCCGCCAAGGAAAUCGCGUUGUUCGCGUUUCCCUGGCAGGGAAAACAAUCCCACCGGGUGUAGCCGGUUUCCAACGAGAAUGA